GUGGCUCUUCCGCCUUCAGGAUCAGCUGACUGCAGCGAGGAAGUAAAAGCCCUGAGAAGUUGUGUGUGUUGCAGGCAGAGUGGAGAGCGCCUGGAACUUUUGUACCCGACUCUCGCUGUUUUCAUUUAACCGACUAGACUCACACCUGGUUACACCCCCGCCCCUCUUUCCAAGAAGCUGUAAGCUAGCCGGGCCAAACGCUCACUCAGCCCCCGCUGGGAAUACAUGGCAGAGAUGGCAGGGGUCGUGGUAAAUGGAACUCAAGUGUCCUACAUUGGUCAAGACUGCAAAGACAUUCCAGAAUUCCUAGGGAGACAAUAUGGAUAUAUUGCAAAAAGGCUGGAUCUUAGCUUCAACUUGUUACGAUGGUUUGCUGAAGCAAAAGCUGCUUAUGACAGUUUGCUAGAGGUGUCUCCUGUGAAACCCAUGGCUGAAUUCAGAAGAACUCAAGACUGGUUUCAUAAGACUGCCCUUGUGAAUGCUGCUUCUGUUGUGUCGGAUAGCAUUUGA